CGAUGAAUAGUUUUGCAAUUUUACUUGUCAGUGAGAUAUGGGCUGGAAAGCAACUCUCCUAUUCGCGGGAUUGGUGUGGGUGACCUACUCUGAUUCGCAGGAAGUUUAUACACCUGAAUAUGACAUUAAAACCCAGGGAGAAGAACAGACAUAUCAUUCGCAAUUAAACCAUGGAUGGUUUCCUUACUCUUUUAAAUAUGAAGUUCCAAUCGGCCAACAUGGCGGCUAUUCUCAUCAAGAAUCGUCCGAUGAGUCAGGCAAGGUGUCGGGAUCUUAUAAGGUUAUUGGUGGGAAGGAUAAUGAUCGAGUGGUGGAAUACACUGCGGACGAGAAUGGAUUCCACGCCACAGUAAGAACUAAUGAUCCAGCAGUUGAAGACAAGAACCCUGCUGACGUCACUGUAAUGAAAGAUUCAACUUUGUUUGGCCUCAACACUCCCAAUGAUAAUGAAGGAUUUCCGGCAGUAGUGACACGACAAAAUGGUAGCGCUAGGGACAUUGCAAAUAAAGACGCAGAUGACUCAUUAGAAUAUAUUGGAAAUUCAAGUUCAUCAUAUGUCAUUUAUUUAAAUGAAGAAGAUUCUCAGUUUAAAGACAAACAUCAUCACGAUCACGACCACAACUCUAGUGAUCAUUCUCAUGAAGAUUAUGGUGGUCAUGAUAGUCAUGAAUAUUAUAACAUGAACAAUAGUCACAAAGAUGAUCAUGAUAUGGACAACAGUCACGAAAAUGAUCGUGAUAUGGACAACAGUCAUGAAGAUGAUUAUGAUAUGGACAACAGUCAUGAAGAUGAUUAUGAUAUGGACAACAAUCACGAAAAUCGCCGUGAUGAAAACUUUCGGAAACGUGACAUUGGGGACACUUACAAUAUUUACAACUCAAACAUAUAUCUGCACAACAUAUAUACCGACUCAAAUGAAAAUUAUUAUACUCACCCUAAAGAUCCAGAAAGUGCUACUGUUCGUUAUGUCAUGAAAUAUAACUCCAGCGAUUCACUUUCUGAUGAUGAUAAUAUGACAAAACAAAGUCCUCCUCAUGAUGUUGGUUCCUAUCCCGUCAAUAACAACAGGUCUUUGAGAGAUGAAAUGACGUAUUCUACAAUACAAUCUACAAAACAUGACAUUGGAGACACUUACAAUAUUUACAACUCAACCAUAAAUCUGCACAACAUAUAUACCGACUCAAAUGAAAAUUAUUUUACUUACCCUAAAGAUCAAGCUACUUUCUAUUCCACCAAUAGCAACAACACUUUAGAAAACGAAUUGACAGAUUCAACAACAGAGUCUACAGAAGCACAAAAUGCUACAACAAUCUACGGUUUAACGACACAAAGUUUCAUUUCUACGUUUCACGAGAAAACAACUACAAAAGGUGCUUCCGAAGACACAUUACAUUCUGAUACACGACACGAAAACACGACGUAUUUAAAUAAUAAUGCAACAUUUUCAGACAUAUAUUUUAAUAACGAAAAUGAAACUAACGUAUAUAUGACGACAUCGUGGGAGAAAAGAUUGAGGGAAAACAGCACCGAGUUGGCAGACCACGUAACUAAGCCAUACCUCAGUGAACCAAUCAACUACAAGAACCAAUCAAGCCCACUUUGGUUGAACUUUUCGGAUGAAAUAAGAACUCCUAGCCAAGAAAACUUAGAACAAAGCAUGGCAACAAACCGGGACAACGAAACUACAGCAGACAACGGGUUUGGUAAUAAGACAAACCAUCACGUUAUUUUUUUUCCUGCUGAAUUAGGACACCUGUUCAACUCAUCUUCAAAAUAUACAGGAAAUUCUCCGAUGACAAGCCUCCCAGGAAAGACGCCAUCUAGUUAUCCAGUUUACGUACCCGUUCACGUAUCCUAUGCGGGAAACGGAACAAGGAAACUGCGAUAUGGAAUUAUAAGAAACUAGCAACGCUAUCAAACAGUGUAGACAGUUGUGAUGUGCAGUGAAACGUUUUUAAUCAUCCGAUGAUUUUUUUUUUUGUUAGUGUCUUUAACAUUAUGCAAGACUUUUAAAAGCAAAGUAAUUUGUAGCCUAAAGAGUUGGACUAAAAACAACAACUUAUUUGUGUAGAAAAUCAGAUUUUGAUAAUAGAAAAGUUGGCAAGAUUGUUUAAAAACUAGAAUAGAAGUAAUCAGUACGUUGUUAUUGUUUUAGCACAAAGAUAUACACAAUGGGCUCUCUGCGAUUAACCCACCGCGAGGAACCGAACUUCUUAACAACAACUUAACUUAAAUUGAAUUCCUUCACUGGUUCUUAUUCGUACUAACAAACAUGUAAUAAAAAUACAGAAAAUUUUGCUCUAUUCUUUGCUCGUUUCCCAAGAAUGAGCUUGAUUACUUUUCAGAAGCCCCCCAGUGGCACAGCGGUAUGUCUGGGGGACUUACAACGCUAUAAUUUGGGUUUCGAUACCCGUGAUGGGCAGAGCACAUAUAGCCCAUUGUGUAGCGUUGUGCUUAAUUAUAAACAAACUUUUCAGAAAUCCAGGAUACAAACAAGCCAACAACUAAAUAACAGAUUUUUUUUUAUUAACAGCAACGGUUUUGUAGACUAGUGCUAACCAACUUGGAAUUUAUGUAUAAAAUCUAAAACAUGUCAAAUAUUCUAGAAGUACUAUGUUUAUCUUUUGAUGGGUACAUAUCGGGCAACAUAUUGCGGUAAAAAACAACGUCUUAUAGAAUGGGCGAAUAGAGUGUUUAGUCUAAUAUUAGUAUUUUUUUUUUAACAAGUGCUUCUGUUACAUUGAUACACUGACCACUGUCUUAAAGUGGUCUUUUUGAUUCUGUGUUUUGAUUAUACUGAAAUUAACUUUUUUUUUGCUUUAACCAAGAAAAGGACACUGUAAAGUUCGGUGCUUUUUUGUUCUUGUUGAACCAAUCUAUUUACCUUUUUUGUUAAAACUAAACUUGAGUAAAUUAUAUUGUAGAAACUGAGUACAAACUCGUUUACUGAAAGGAAAAUAAAGAUAUUUGAUAGCGUC